AUGCCACAACAAAAUGAACAUUUAUCUUUUAAAUCAGAUGCUAUUGUCUCAGAUAUUGACUAUUCCGAAGCUCGUACUAUUCUUGAUUUAACAAUUACAAAACAAAAAGAGCUUCGUCGACAACGUUCACAAACAUUACAUACACAAUUACUACUGAAGCGAACCUAUUUACAUGUUUGUCAAUUAUUAGAUUCGGAAUGUUCAAAUGAAAAACCGAAAACAUUACCAUUAUCAAUAGUGGAUACAAACAAACGAAAAAUAUCUUCACACAAUCAUGAUCUAUCAUCCAAAACUAAGAAAAGUAAAAAUUCUAUAGAUAAUGAUAUUCUUCAGUUUCUUCGCGAAUUGAAUUCAACCAAAAUAGCAAACAGUGAAUACAUCGAACUCUCUUCAUCGGUUCGGCAAUCGAUGCCAAUGGUAGCCGUCGUUAAAAAAAUAAUGACGCCACAUACACCAGUCCUUGUUAUGAUUGAAACAUUAUAUGGCAUAUUGAAAGUGACAAGUGGCAUGCGAAUAAGUUUCUCUGAAGGCUACAAUUUUGAAUGA